GUCAUAUCGACUCCUGCAACAAGCAUUUUCUUCACUUUUCUUCUUUACCGUAUACCAGAGCCAGAGGGCAGAGGCGAGUGUACCAGCCAUCCACUAUCCUUCGGCUUCUUCUGCGAGUAUACAAGAGACGAAUAUACCAAAGGCGACGCUCCGAGGAAUGAAGUACUAGACUCGGCGAGUUCACUCUUGUCUACCGUCCGAUCCUGUCUACUCGGCUCCAAAGACGGAGUCACCAAAAUCAUCUGUUGGCUCAUGCCUAUCUCCUCGUCCAAGAUGAAUAACUUCGCAGAAACGAAUGAGGUUGAAGCAAAAUGGCCUGAUACAGGUGGUACCAAUUCCAAAGGGAAUAGGAGUUUGGAUGACAUGAUGGAUAUUGGUGGUAGCACGAGGAAGAACACUAACAAGAAGUGGAAGGAUCAGAUAACCGAUGUAUUGAAAAGUGUUAGUGCCACUAUGAGCUCAAAAGAACAAUGCCGAAAAGCCAGGGAAGAGGCUAGUACAAUGAGUACGGCGGCUGCUACCCCAUAUACCAUGAAAACUUGUAUUGAGAUUUUUGAAAAACAUGAGUGUUAUUCCCCCCUCUGCCAUUAAUGCUACCCCAUAUACCAUGAAAACUUGUAUUGAGAUUUUGAAAAACAUGAGUGGGAUUCACCCUCCCCCCCCCCCCC